AUGGGAGGCGAACUGGUGCGGAGGGACGGGCCAGAGGGUCUGGCGGACGGGCAGGAGACACUUUUGUGGCUGCCCGAGAUCGUGUAUGAGGAUCUGGAGCUCAUGGACUUGAGAUAUUUCCAGGGCCUGCACUGCUCGGCCCCUGCCUGCCCCUCCUUUGCCCGCUGCCGCACUGGCCGCAGGCAGGCAGGUAGGGUAUUGGCGUGCACCGGAAACGACCCUUUAUUGAGCGACUCGUUAUCAGGCAACAACGGUGGUGCAUUUGGUCGAACAGCUUCCGUGGAUGCGUCAGGGCCGGCAUCUUUUGGCGCGUCAUAUGCAAAUCCGUCGGACACCGUAGGGUCGGCUGCAAUGGAUGCAUCAGGCUCGGCAUCUGCGUUGGGGUUAGGUUCGGCAUCAGUGGACGUGUCUCCUUUGGUGGACACCUUUCCUGUGCUCACCUUGCCUCCCUCCAACCACGUGAAGGAGAAUGCGUCCUAUGAUGUGGCCAUUGCUGAGCCGUUUGCUGCACAGGUUUUCCUGCUAGAGAACGUCUUUAUCAACGACCGUGGCAUGGUGUUUGAUGGCAUGUAUCACUACCGCCACGGCUUGUUGUGCAGGUCCUGCCCCCUCGACUUUGGCCUGUACACAGGCAACGAGACCAAGGUGCACGUGAACAGUGAGCUGCUCUCAUUGGCCAAUUGGAACGGCGGGAACUUCUACCAUUCGCUGCUCGAGGUCAUGCCGUCCCUUCUCUACCUGCGGCCGUUCUUGGAAGCAAAGCCGGGCAUUCCCAUCCCAGUGAAGAUCGACCAGGACAAGCACGCACGCCUCUUCUCUCUCAUCAACAUCAACGCAUCAACCCUCAACUUCAAGAGAGUCAAGAAGGACCACCUCUUCUUCGCUCGCCGCCUGCUCCUGCCGUCCAUUGCGCAGUGCGGCCGCCCGUCCGCCGCCCUCGUCCGCCACCUGCGCAAUCAUUACCUGCUCCCGCCGUCCGCCCCGAGAAUCAAAUCUCGGCUCGAGCUGGCGCGAUUUUCCAGCAAUGCUGCAGACGCUACUGCCGGCACAGGUGCUGCUACAGAUGCUACUGGCACUGCUGCUGCUACAGCUGCUGCAGCUGGGGGUGCUGCUGAGCUGGGUGCAGGGAGUGGUGUGCUGGCGACACCUGAUUGGUGCGUGGUGGUGGGUCAGCGAGACACCACCAGGCGGAUUGUGGGACGGACACACAUAUUGGAGGAGCUGCAGGCGUUCUUUCCAAAAGAAAGAAUCAUUGUGUUCCGAGGAGAUCUCCCUCUGCCUGAAGCAAAACAGCUAUUCAACCGCGCUCGACUGUUCAUAACCCCUCACGGGGCCCUCAUGGCCAAUAUGGUCUUCAUGCCGCCUGGAGCGUUCGUGCUGGAAGCACGGCCGGAAGAUUUUGAUAACAAUCUGUACGAUUAUUUGGCCUAUGUUAGCGAUUUGCAUUAUUAUCUUGUGAAAGGAGGUGGGGGGAAGGAUACGGAUAUUAGAGUGGAUAUGGAGGAGAUGGUAGAGGUGGUGGAUGUGAUUUCUAAAAAGCUGAUCGCACAAGGCUUGUAG